CGGAAACUCACGCGAAGAAGCUGCACGUUGUUAACGUGAUAGUGUAGUAGCUGAUAAUUUGUGUCUACGUUUUAGACCGUAGCUCUGUCCACAACAUUAUAGCUGAAAUUGAUUGAUUCUACAAUGGAAAGCGACACCGAGAUGGAGGACUUCGAUAGAAGCGAGGAAGGAAGCAAUUGGUCUGAUGAUAGUUACCUUGCAGACGAAGACUUCAGCUUCGACUAUCAGGAGGGAGUGGAUCCACAUGAGGACGCGUAAGUAGGAAUAAUCACUUCCAGAGCGCAUACUGUACCCAGUCAACACACUGGGGGGCCGAGCUCUCACCGAAUCCGUCAGAACCAUUUAGAACAAUGAGACAAAUAUUUUACCGGAUGUAAACAUGUGAAGCAUCCGCUUGGCAUUUCCACUGGAAGCACAGUGUGGCGGGCAGUGGGAGAAGAUCGAACGAGAUGGAUAAGGCCGCCGACAUUCUGCACAUUUUGUCAUCGAUGAAACAGUUGAUCUCAAUACAGUUUUCUGUUCCCAAAACUAUAAUCUGUUACGAACAGAGUGGACUAAGUUUUGUAGACUUUACCCUUUGCCAAAGUUGGAAAAAAUUGCGUUGUUUAGAAGACGCGCAAAGGCCAAUUUAGUUAUUACACACGCGCACUUCACAGAGUAGGCGUUCCCUAACAGAAAUAUGCAAAGGUCUGUUAGAACGCGCCAAUAGGAUCUCGCUAGCUCGUGCUUGGGUCUGUCCACCUCCUUGCUUGUUCUGCCCACUAGCAUUAAUUUGUUCACAUUGGAAACGACAGGCUGUGGUCUAUUUUUGGGGUAGUUUGAUAUUACUCUGGGCUCAGGCUAAUGGCACUCUUGCCGAGUCCACUUCAGUUUAUCAGGCCCUAUUAACUUUUUUCACUUGAAAACAAAAUCAUUCUUCAUUACAUUGUGUUGUUGUAGCCUAGGUAGGAUACAUUUCUGGUCCCUAAAAAAACGGAAACAUGGUAGCUUUUCCAGCUGUGUAGACUGGGAGAGAGCGCACAUAGUGUAGCUACCUAUGAUUUCGUUAUCUGAUAAACUUGUUUUCUUUCACUGUGUAAAUUGACUGGAUAUAUUCACUGAAGUAUUAAGCCUAACAUUGAGCUUAUGAAUUAUAGCCUAUUAUAAACUGGGUGGGUCGAGUCCUGAAUGCUGAUUGGUAUAUCAGACCAUAUACCACGGGUAUGACAAAACAUUUAUUUUUACUGCUCUAAUUAGGUUUGGUAACCAGUUUAUAAUAGCAAUAAGGCACCUCAGGGGUUUGUGAUAUAUGGCCAAUAUACCACGGCUAAGGGCUGUGUCCAGGCACUCCGCGUUGUGUCAUGCUUAAGAACAGCCAUUAGCCAUGGUAUAUUGGACAUAUACCACACCUCCUCGGGCCUUAUUGUUUAAAUAUGCAUAUGCAUCUACUUAGGCUAUAGGUUACAUCUCGAGCCCGUCUGUCUUUGUUCUGUUGCACAAUUACGCACCUGGCCUCUUUCAACCUUUUUUCUUUAGCCUAUUGGAGGAGAGAUGCACGCUUGCUCUUGCUUGCUGAAUGUAAAAUAGUGUACAGCAUUAAGAACGGGCGAGGAGUUGGAAAGGAGAAGCCCAUGUUUUCCUAUAGUAGGGCUAUCUUAACACCGGGCUACAUCCUGACAAAAUACACCACGAGUGGCCUGCUAAGCUCCCUUUCUUGUCCUUCUAAACUGUUGAGAAUAGACCCAAACUGAUUAAAAUGGUUGCAUAAUCAGGCCUAGGUUGUAGGCCUAUGCAGUUAUUUCGGCAUGAAACAAAACAGGACGUUUGAGCGGUUAUUGAAAUUAGCCUAUCACUGCAGUUAACAACCUAUGGACAAUCAUUGUGUAUUCACUUGCUAAUAAUAAUAAUCACAAUGCACUGUUGUUGUAGGUACACCAGGUAUAAUAAUUGUAUUGUCUAAAAAUCAGGGGUGCAACUUUGGUUAUAGGAGUGGGGGGGACAUAACCUGGUGUGGGGUCUGGGGGUCCUCCCUCAGAAUUUUUCUUGGCAUCUAAAGCUCAUUUCCUGCAUUUCUACACAAUCUAAUAUGACAAUUUUUUGGGGGGUAAAUAAGAAUAGAAUAUGUUUCUAUACACUACAUGAAUGUGGAUGCUACCAUGAUUAUGGAUAAUCCUGCAUGAAUCAUGAAUAAUGAUGAGUGAGAAAGUUCUAGAAAAUCUAAUCAAAUGUUAUUGGUCACAUACACAUAUUUAGCAGAUGUUAUUGCGGGUGUAGCGAAAUGCUUGUGUUCCUAGCUCCAACAGUGCAGUAGUAUCUAACAAUUCACAACAAUACACAAAUCUAAAAGUAAAAGAAUGGAAUUAAGAAAUAUAUAAAUAUUAGGACGAGCAAUGUCAGUGGCAUUGCCUAAAAUACAGUAGAAUAGAAUACAGUAUAUACAUAUGAGAUGAGUAAAGCAGUAUGUAAACAUUAUUCAAGUGACUAGUGUUCCAUUAUUAAAGUGGCCAGUGAUUCCAUGUCUAUGUACAUAGGGCAGCAGCCUCUAAGGUGCAGGGUUGAGUAGCCGGGUGGUAGCCGGCUAGUGAUGGCACAAAUAUAAUUAAUUGGGGUCCUGAGGACCAAGUUUGGGAAACCCUGGGCUACACAGUUGUUACAGUACACCAGCGUUUCCCAAACUCGAUCCUGGGGACCCCAAGGGGUGCACAUUUUGGUUGUUGCCCUAGCACUACACAGCUGAUUCAAAUAAUCAAAACUUGAUGAUGAGUUCAUUAUUUGAAUCAAAAUGCAUCAUAUGGUCCAGAUUUCUGUAUUUCCAAAGUUACAUAUCUCAAGAACUUGAUUGCUGACAUGCAAAACAUUUUUGGGAGUAAUAGUUUGAGGGGUGGAGUAUUCCUUUAAGUAGAAAUAACCACGAUGCAGAUCGGGUCAGACCUUACAUUUGAUUUGAGCAUGUUUGUUUGCCAACCGUGAGGAACAAUUAGGUUAUUUUGUUCUUCACUAGCUAUUCCAGCCAGGCGAGAACAAAUAAAUAUGAAACAAAAACAGAAUAUAGCUAAUCCUUCGUUUUUCAAUGAUAUCUUUUACAAUUUUGGAUCAAACAUGUAAUCGUUUGUGUUAGAAAUAGAGCCCCACAGUGGAGGUGUCAUAAUACCCAUAAAACCUAGCGGUCAAAAAGGGAAAUGGUUCCAAUCGUUUUUACACCAUUCAUUUUUCCCAUAGGGGAUUUUAGAAAAACUUAAAUUAAGGGCUGUGUUUCGUGUAGGCUUACCCUGGUGUGACGUUUUGAUAACCAUGUAAAUCUCUCUCGGACAAAGUGACUGUUUUAAAACUGUUUGAAAAUAAAGACAGCCUCCUUUUCAACUCGUUUAUCACGUGAUUUACUUUAACUUCAGCAUGUGGGCAGGCGUAAGGUCAAAGUGAAGGCAUUACUUUGCAAAAGUGGGCGUGUACGUGUGCUGGUUUAUACUAGGUAUGUCAACAAUGCACACACAUCACUUCCAGUUGUGGAACCUCAGUCUGGUGGUGGUGGUAAUUUGAGAGCGCACAGAAAGUAAAAAAUAAAAAUGCUCAAAUAUAAUAUUUUGCACUUUAGUGUAUUUAUACUUGGGAUAUUGCUUUUCAACAGGAAAAGUCCAAAAAUCGCUUGAGUCAGUAUUUAAAAGAAGACAGACUGCAGAUCCGACUUUUCUUGACCCCGCUUCCCGGCAGCUGGGGCUUCUGCGCAUGUGCAGGUUUCUUUACUUUGUGCACAUUCUCUGUUCUAUUCGUAGAUAAUCUCCCUAAUUUCUCACAUUCAAUCGUGAAUGAUGAUUAUUCAAAUGUUACUGGUGAAACAUCCAUGCAGCAUCUGCAUAUCAACCAGAUGGUGUUAACUAACUGUAGCAUAGCCUACCCGUAUUUAGUUUAAAUCAAAGCAGAUAUUUUGCCUAGUGGAGUGGAGGAUCUUCGGGAGCUUUAGCAGUCGGGAGGAAAGGUCCGGAAAAGUCUGAUCCGCAGCCACUCCAUUAAAAAGAUCUGAAAUCAAAAUGACAUACUUGAAUAUGAAUUCUAAUUUUUCAGAUUAUUAUUUCUUUUCAAACUAUUUGGCAGGCAUACUUUACUCAGUUUGUAAACCUAACUUCAGAUCUAGUUAGUUUUUUAAAAUGUAUUUUACCUUUAUUUAACUAGGCAAGUCAAUGACGGCCUACACCGGCCAAACCCGGACGACGCUGGGCCAAUUGUGCGCCGUCCUAUGGGACUCCCAAUCACGGCCGGUUGUGAUUCAGCCUGGAAUCGAACCAGGGGGUCUGUAGUGACGCCACAAGCACUGAGAUGCACUGCCUUAGACCGUUGCGCCACUCGGGAGCCCAGUUUCAGAUUGAUCUGAGACGGUGGGUGUCGGCCACAUUGAAUUGACAUGAAAUGUAGAUGUGUGGACCCAUGUAGAUGAGUUGUAUUCUGUUGUCUAGGCCUUAGUGAUAGUAUUGACUUAGUGAAUUGCAUUAUUGUAAACAUGUUCAUAUUUAUCUUCAUAGUCUUGAUUGGGAAGAGGAGGACUCAAAUGAAUCAGCAAGCGACUCACCACCCAGAGUCACCCCAAGGAUAGAGAGCCAAUCUGAGAGCGGGGUAAAUGGUUCUGAGUCUCCAGAAGAAACAUGGUUACCAUGCAAAGGGUCACAGUCAACAAGGACAUCAAGGUAUUUACAAACUUUCAUAAUCCAUCAGUGUUUCCGCUGCAGUCAUUUAGCUGUGGCGCUGCGCCACGGCAAAAUCAUUGCCGCCACGGCAAAAAAAUAUUUGACUCGCUGCAUUUUUCUAUUAUCAAGACACCUGCUGGUAACUCUUAACUGGUUAGGACAAGUCAUGAGGGUGUCCUAAAUAUCUGUAGACUAGGUGUGACUCACGACUAAAGAGGCUUCAUGCAUACCUUUUAUUUUUACCCGUAAAAUAAGGAGUAAAAUGUAUAUUCUCAGCACUUACGACCCAAAGUCUGAAAUGGCCUGCCUGUAUAAACGCAGCCUAACAGCUCUGAGACCAUAUUCAGCCCUAGAUGUCUUAGAGCCAAUAUGCUUAUAGAAGGUCUACACCCCCUUUCAACAUUUCACUGUUUGUUGCCUAAUAGCCUGGAAUGAAAAUGCAUUAAAAUACUUUUCCCAAUGAUCUACACAUCCUACCCCACAACUUCCAAGUGAAAAUUAUAUUAUGUUAAAAAAAUAAAGACUGAAAUUGCUUAGUAUGAUAAGUAUCCACCCCCCUUGUAAUAGCAAUCCUAAAUUAUCUUGGGUGUAACCAAUCACCUUCAAAAUCACACAAAGUUAAUUGGCCUUCACCUGUGUUAAAUUGUAGUGAUUCACAUGAUUUCAGCAGUUCCUGGAGGUUCCUUCUGCUGGGUAGUGAAUUGCAACACAAACACUCAACCAUGAGCACCAAGGAGCUUUCAAUAGAACUCUGGGACAAAGUGGUGGAAAGGCACAGGUCCAGGAGAUGGGUAUAAAAAUAUUUAUAAGUCCUUGAAUAUCCCUUGGAGCAUGGUCAAGAUGAUUAUUAAGAAGUGGAAGGUGUAUGGCACCACCAAGACCCUGCCUAGAUCAGGCCAUGCCUCCAAACUGGAUGACCGAGCAAGUAGGAGACUGAUCAGAGAGGCUACCAAGAGUCCAAUGGCAACUUUGAAAGAGCUACAGGCUUUUAUGGCCAAGACUGGUCAAAGUGUGCAUGUGACAACAAUAUCCCAAGCACUCCACAAAUCUGGCAUGUAGGGUUGCAAGAAGGAAGCCAUUACUCAAGAAAGCCCACCUUGAAUACCAUUUGAAGUAUGCAAAAAAACACAGGAGUUUCUGUAGCCAUGUGGCAAAAAGUUUUGUGGUCUGACGAAACUAAAAUUGAACUUGUGCAAAAAAUGCAAAGCCUUACAUUUGGCGCAAACACUGCACAUCACCCAAAGAACACCAUCCCUAUUGUGAAGCAUGGUGGCGGCAGCAUCAUGUUGUGGGGAUGUUACUCAUCAGGACACUAGAAAGGAAAAUUAAUGGAGCAUGAAAAGUCCUUGAGGGAAAACUUGCUGCCCUCUGCAAGAAAUCUGAAACUGGGACGGAAGUUUACCUUUUAGCAUGACAACAACCCAAAGCACACAAAGCUACAGUGGAGUGGCUAAGGAAUAAAAAGGUAAAUGUCCUUGAGUGGCCCAGUCAGAGCCCCGACCUAAAUCCAAUAAAACAUUUGUGUCAUGACUUAAAGAUUGCUGUCCAUCAACGCUCCCAAGGAACAUGACAGAGCUCGAACAGUUUUGUAAAAAAUAAUACAUUGCCAAAUCUAGGUGUGCAAAGUUGAUAGAGACCUAUCCCAACAGACUCACAGCUGUAACUGCUGCCAAAAGUGCUUCCACCAAGUAUUGACUCAGGGGGUGGAGACUUAUCCAAAUAUGAUAUUUCUGUUUUUGUAUUUUUUAUAUAUAAUAUUUUUUCCCAAAAAAUAAACUUUCCCUUAAGUGUGGAGUAUGGUGUGUAGAUAAGUGAAAUAAAUCCCUAUUUAUAUGCAUGAAACUCUGAGGCACUGACACAACAAAAUGUGAAAAAAGUUAGCGGGUGUAGACUUUCUAUAAGCACUGUAGCUAGUUCACGUCUUUUUAACCUUCAAGUUUUAAAGUUAAUUGAAGACCAAUACCGAUGGCAUAGCUGUCGCUCAAUUGGAAGUGUUGUUCAAAACAUGUUUACUGAAUUGAUCAUUACUAAUGUUUAUUUUCAUAGUGUUGAAACUGAAGAAGAUGAAGGCCCACUGCUGAGUACCUUACAUCCAGACCAACAGCGUAGCCCAUCAACAAAGACCCAUUCCCCACGCAAACGAGUGCUGGCCUCACCCUCAUUAAAGUCCAAAGUACCACGUCUCUCAACCCCAAGAAAAACCUCUCGCUUACCACACAGAACCGAGUCAGAUCAGCCAUGGAAAACAGAGGAAGACCCUGAUGAGGGUCCUCAACCUUUGAGAUUUUGUCCAAGCAGACCUCCUGGACCUCAAGUAGAUCCCUCAGCCAUGUACUCACCGUUAGACUUAUUUCAAAUGUUUUUUACCAAAGUCACGGUCAGAACCCUCUGCGACAAUACAAAUAGACAAGCGGCUAGAAACAUUGGUAGGGGCAAAAAGUUUAAGUGGAUAGAUAUAACUGUGAAGGAGUUUUACAAAUUCAUUGGAUUGGUCUUCUUUACUGCGCUGGUUAAGACAAGAGCUAUCAGUGAUUACUGGAUAACAAACUCCAUCUUCUCGAUUCCGUUUCCAGCUACUGUGAUGAACAGGGAUAGAUACAGAAUCAUAUCAUGGAACAUUCACAUGAGUGAUCCUGAUGAGGACGCUGUCAAUGACAGUAAAAAGGGCACACCUGAAUAUGAUAGGCUAUUUCGGCUCAAACCAUUAAUGAAUGACAUUCGUCAUGCCUGCAUGUCCUGUUUCCACCCACAUAGAAACCUGGCUGUAGAUGAAAGGAUGGUGGCAUCAAAAGCAAGAAAUGGGUUGAUUGAAUAUAUCAAGUCAAAGCCCACUAAAUUUGGCUUUAAGAUUUUUGUGUUAGCUGACUCCAGCAAUGGCUAUACAGUGGACUAUACUGUGUAUAUCGGCAAGAACACGUUUCCCGUUGGCUUUGGAAUUUGUUACGAUUCAGUGAUGUCCCUCGUAAGGCCCUCUGUCCUUGGCUCAGGUUACCAUGUGUACCUUGACAACUACUUCUCCAGCCCAAAACUAUUCAAGGACUUAUUUGACAUGAAAAUGGGAGCGUGUGGUACCAUGCGGGAAGGCAGACAGGGUUUCCCAAGAGCAGAAGAAAAUGCACUGACCAAGAAAUCCCCAAGAGGAUCUUUACGGUGGAUAAGGGAGGGCUCCCUGCUCUUUGUGAAGUGGAAGGAUGCCCGGGAAGUGUCGAUGGGUACCACCAUUCAUCAAGCGUAUGGAGGGGAGAAAAUAAACAGGAAACACAAGAAUAAGGAUGGCAAAUGGUCUCAUGAGUCAAUUCCAGUACCCACCCCCAUUCUAGAAUACAAUAAAAACAUGGGAGGUGUUGACUUAUCUGACCAACUGAUUACGUACUUCUCAGCCCACCGCAAAACAAUGAAGUGGUACCGAACAUUGUUCUACCAUUUUGUGGACAUAGCGACUACUAACAGCUACAUCAUUCACAAGGAUCUGUGUAAAGUGAACAAGAUGCAGCCCAUGACCCACAAAGAAUUCACACAAGCGCUCGUGGCCCAGCUUUGCGAGGUGUCCAUUGAGACUCAGUCCAAGCCGAAGAACACUGGACACACACCUGUCCCGAUCAAGCCUGUGGCAGACAAAAGCAAGAGAAGCUCUGCAGGACGAAAGCGCUGCGAACUCUGCAAGAAAUCGGGACACUCCAAAGACACUCCCUGGAAGUGCAAUGAGUGUGGUGUACCACUCUGUGUCAUUCCAGACAGAAAUUGCUUUCAUGAUUGGCACAACCUUGAAGGAAUGGCCCCAGUUGAGUAUCAGUCUUCUGACUCUUGAGUAAAGCUGGAAGACUUGUGCAGCUAUACCCUAUCCAUCGCAGAUAAGGAGUGCUGUUAGACCUGUGCCUUAUUGCACAUGUUUGUGUAUUUCAACAAAAUGCUGCUCAUCUUCUAUUUUGACUUUUGAUAUGAUGAGUAAUAAUAUUGUGUUGUUUUUCCAAGAUAAUGAUAUCAGGCCAUAAAUUAGUCUUUAGCUCUGCAAUUUGAAAUUGACAUGGCAGUGGUUGCCAAGUCUGAAUGAGAAGGGGAAAAAGUUACAGAUAUUGUUUUUGGGAUGUAAUAUUUGUAAAUAACUUGUGUUAUUAACUUGUGCUGCUAUUCUUCAGCAAUAUGGCGUUCUGGUAUUCUAGUGUGUCAUUAAAUCCUGCAUGCACACACCAUCACACCAUUGCCUUCUGUUUGAUCACAAUUAUCUUUAUCAGAUUACAUGGCCUGACUUUUUCCACUCUUAUGUAAUAGCUAAAUUUGAGUCAAGUGAAAGUGUUUUUAAAAUGUACUGGUCAAUGAUGUGGAGCUUAAACAUAUAUUGCAACCCUAUGGCUCAUAAUUUGUGGAGGCUACUAUGACUAACAGUGUAUUUUCAGAUGUGUGAAAGAAUCAACCUCAAAAGAUCCCAGCUUUUCUCACCUUGUUUUAGUGUAAUUAUUUUUUAAAUAUACUUUAUGCAAGAGUAGUUAUUACAAGAAACAUAGCAAAUCUACCUCUAAGAUGAAUCAACCUUGUAUAUUAUUUGUUGAGUUUCUCUUUUCUACUGUGUAGUAACGGUUAUUUUGUUUUACCAAAAGGUGCUACUCAAAAAUAACAGUGCACGUAUGCACGUAGAUCAACAGAGUGAAGCUUGUAGUAAGUCUAACCCUUUUCCUAACAUUAACCUCAUUCUCCUAACCUGCAAUGGUUCGGGGCAGCAGGUAGCCUAGCGGUUAGUGUUGGGUCAGUAAAUGAAAGGUCGCUAGUUCGAAUCCCUGGCCGUGACUCCGCUCUCUCAGGGUGUCUCAGGGAGAGUGGGAUAUGCAAAAAACACAUCUACAAUUCACACAUGCGUAUUACACACUUGUACAUGUGAAAUAAGACAAAUAUAAGCACCCACCAAGUUAUUAUUAUUAAUUAUCCUAACCUGCUACGUAAAGUCACUUUAGCCACAACUGUAGAAACAGUCAGUCCCGACAAACCAUCAGUAUCACCACAGCAUCUUAAUCAAAUCCCCUCAUUACUUUUUCAGGCUAAUGCUGCAUUCAUAACCAAGUGGGAAGGUGUUUUUUACCACAUACAACUUGGAGAAAUCCACUUGAACGCCCCUCCAACUGCUAAUUACUAGUGGGAAACUCGUCUAUCAUCCCUAGGCUCCAGCUUCUCCAACAUGCUGAACUCUGACGUAACCCACUAAGGAUAUGACCUCGAUAACAGAAUUUUGGGCAGUUAAAUGCAACAAAACAUUAUUUAUAAAAAGCAAUAUUGUUUUUUUAACACUAAUUUGUUUGUGAACACGAUCGCUGUACGAGGUUGGAGUAAUAUGUUCAGUUACUUAAGAUAUUGGCUCGAAUUUAAGUUGUGCCUUUAGUUUUCUCAUCUAAGGACUAAUUUUACCACCUUCCCAGUUGGUUAGGAACGCAGCAUUACAUCCAACCCCCCCCAAAUACUGGAGUCAACAUCCAGUUUCAAAGCUGAAGAAGGGGGUUAGUUGGAUCGAGAAGGGAGCAUGGCAGCAGCAACUGAGUUUCCUGAAGUCCCAGUCCAACACGGAGAUGGAAUUCAUGUCGGAGGCCCGGGCGAGGAAGAGGGAGGAUGGUGUGAAGAAGCAAGACAGAAAGAAGUGCGCGAGGUGCAAUCCUGAACCGACUGCGAAAUGCAAGCAGAGUACUUUCUCCUUUGAGUCAAGUACAGGAGAGAAAAUUGCAUGUUACGCGCCUGAAAACCAUGAGCAGUCGACGGAUCGUGAAAUUGAACCUGACAAAAGUGAGGAGGAAGAACCAGCGUCUUCAGGUCAGGUGAAGGUUUCCGAGCCUUACCCCAAUGAUCAGAAAAAUGCCAGAGAUGACUCUGGCCCAGUGGGAGUAUGUUUCGUGGAGAAAAUGGACCCAUGCCUUUUUGCCGAACGUUUGUGGUAGAAAGAGGCUGGGUGAAGAAGGAAUUGGGUUCUGUCAAUUCGGUCAAAGUAUCCAGAGGUGGAAUUUUUUUUAUGUGUCUGCUGCUCAGAGGUAGAGGGCGCUGCGCAUUUCGAGACUCGGGACGAAAGUGGUGACCUGCUUCGCUCUCUGGAGCGGAGUGCCGCUGAAAGGAGUGUGUUCAGGUGGAUCGACUGAAGUUGGGGCCCAACUUCAGACGAGUUUCCCACUAGUUUCCAUGUGUUUGAUGCCAUUCCAUUGGCUCCAUUCCAGCCAUUUAUUAUGAGCCGUCCUCCCCUCAGCAGCCUCCACUGGUACAGAGUGAUCUGAACAGUUUGUGCUUUAGUAAGGUUGGCUUCUUGGUGUUUAUUGCUAUGGUCAUUAAUUGGACUGCACAAAUGGAAAGGAAAUCCCAGAAGAUUGAAUUGGUAGUAGCAGCAGUAGAGAAGUUUUUGGGUGUCAGAGAUUUUAGUGCAGAAGAACUAGAGGGAGUUUUGAGAGAAGGGUGUAGGAUCUGUUGGGGCCAAAGUAGUAGGAAGGAGUGGUGGGGUGUUGGGGAUAGUGGUAUACUGUGUGUAUAUAUAGGGUUAGAUGGUGGCACAAUUUCCCCCCCAUUUUCUGAGUCUUUUUUAUUUUUUACAAAUGUGCAAUGUACUUUCCAAACUGAAAGGCAGCAAUAUGCAACAAAGCGUCUAGUCUGCCGGAAAGCCACACGAAGAAAAAAGCAGAAAUAGGAACAAAGAAAUCAAGAUUACCGUUCUCUUUGCAGCAGGAUAUUAUGCUGGCAGCAUGAGCGCAGAUUUUUGGGGGAAUAUCGAUUUCUUUUUUUUUGCACUAGUUUUACAACGAUUUUCCCACAGCAUUGCUACCACCUUUGAAAAAAUACAUUGAUAAUUUGUCGUAUUCAUACCAUUGCUUUAAAAAGUUUACACAAACACUGGUAUGCUGUGUAGGGCUAUAUUUAAAGAAAUACACUUUUAAUAAAAACCAAAUAUAUGUCAUUGGAAUUACUCAAUAGAGUCUGCAAAAAUUGUAUUGGUCUCUGUAUUAAAUGGGUUUAAUACAGUGCUGCUGGUGACUCCUUAUUCCACCCACUGCAUUCACUGCAGUGCAAUUCAUGGUACAGUAUAUGGAUAGUUAUUGGGUUGUAAAGAACUUUACUACCUGUCUCAUAUAAACUGGUGGGAAGUACUCAGUCGGGUCUCUACUAAGCAGUUUUGGAGGGGGACUGUGUGGCACGGCCUGCUGCUGGCUUUUCACUCUGCCCCUUCUAUAGCUGCCAAUUCAAUACACUGUAAUUGACUGUACAUGGGAUACAUUUAGGCUUGUAGAGAACUUUUCUAUGGAACGCCAUUUGGGUCUUUGCUUGUCAAAAAAGAUACGUCAUAAGCUUGUUGACCAAUCAGGACCUGAAUAGGACUGCACAUCACAUAAUUGAACACGUUAAUACAUUUUUUACGUAGUUAUUACACAUUGAUUACACUAUCACUCCUUUUUCAUAUGUCACAGCGAUUUACCGAUACGUAUGCUAUGAUGCUGGUAAAGUUUUGUCUUGCGCACCUGCUGCUGCUGCACUUGAACGCAGACACACUUCCCCAAGCUCUGGGACAUUGAUGGCCAUAAAAAAAGCUAACAACUAGCUGAUGGGUGCAAACACUGUUCUUCCCCAAAACCAGCGAAAUGACCAUCUGUUUCAGUAGCUAUGGUGUCAUAAUCUAAAAUACCCCUAAUUUAUAAAAGUUAUUUGAUUAAUGAUGGUCGGACCCACCUAUGUGAAGCUAGACACAAUAAGGAUUAGCCACAAUAGUUGAAUUUAAGGUUUGCCUUCAAAAUAAAAGUCUCUCAUUGAAUGUGAUGCAAAUGAAUGCAAUCUUUUUUGACACGCAAAGACCCAAACAGCGUUUUCUACCUGUCUCAGCUAAAGUGGGGUGGGCAAUGCUCAGUAGGGUCUCUACUAACCAAAUAUAAUUUGUUUUUUAAGGGGGUUGUGUCCCACGGCCUGCUGCUGGCUUUUCACUCCGCCCCCUCCAUAGCCCCAAUGCAAUAAAUACACUAUACAUUUUAGUCAUUUUAGCAGACGCUCUUAUCCAGAGCGACUUACAGUUAGUGAGUGCAUACAUUAUUUGUCAUACUGGCCCCCUGUGGGAAACGUCAUACUGGCCCCCUGUGGGAAACGAACCCACAACCCUGGCAUUGCAAAUGCCAUGCUCUACCAACUGAGCUACAUCCCUAUACAUGGGAUACAUAUUAGCUUGUAGAGAGAAUUUUUCUACCUGUCUCAGAUACAGUGGGAUAUAUGUCAGUAAGGUCUCUACUAACCAAAUAUGUGUAGUUUUUCAACUAAUGGUUGAACCAAGUCAUAUUUCAGGCAGGUAGAAAUAUAAGUCAAUAUGUUUCUCAUGCAGGGUUGGGGAGUAACGGAAUACAUGUAAUCCGUUAUAUGUAAGGGAUUACAAAAAACGGUAACUGUAAUCCGUUACGUUACCAGCAAAGAUAUUGUAAUCAGAUUACAGAUACUUUUGAAAAACUAGAUUACUUCAAGGAUUACUUUUAAAUUCAGAAAGGAUGUUCACGGAAAAAAAUAUUUGACACUUCUCUGUUUUCUCAAUGACAUUCAAAUUAGCACUGAAAAAAGGUGCAAAUUUAAGUUUGCUCCACCUGAGCGAGUCUCACCACAAGUCAGAGACCACUAUGAUGACACACCAAAUGUGUUUGAUGGAUUGCGGUAAAAGAGCAGGAAUAGGCUUUUGUAGGCUACAGUCCAAGCUAUGUCUUCCAAUGGUGCGACUGCUGUCGGCAUCCAGAGAUUAUCCAACUUGAAUAAACGCUUGGAGGUAAGGAUGACAGCAGUGUUGUAGUCUAUGGCGAUACGGAUAUCACUUAUUAUUGAUAUCUACAUAGCGCAUUGAUGUGAAUCACACUGCUGCUGCUCUCAUUUAGCUAUUUGCGCCUUACGGAUUGUGGUUGUUGUGGAUGCCUGUUCACAAAUCUAAAUGUGUAUUGGAACCCAAUAAUGGUUGAAUUCAAGAAGUUUAAGCUGCCUAUCAAUCAUUGUUUUUGAAACCAGUGGACAGCCAAUGAAAAAAGUGCUCUUGCAACAGCUGCAUAGUGCGGAUCCCAGCAUAUCGAAUAAAAGUGGGGCUUUUAUUGCUCAAUCUAAUUAAUGCUGAUAAAACAUUUUUGUGUGGCAGAUUAUUGUUCUACCAACUGUCUGCUGCUGCAUGAUGCCAGAGGCUGAUUAGCUAGACAAAGAGGUGGGAAACACAGACAGGUGUGCGCGCUAAGCAAGGCACAACAUGGAAUACAUGUUUGGUUUUGAUUUGGAGGGGGGUGGUACUUUUACAAAAAAAAGAUUGCUGUUUUGAAAUUGCAGUGAAAGUGCAGUAACUGCAGUCGCCUGUGGUAUUUUGGACGCAGAAUAACUGCAGUUAUUCAACACUAACUGCAGUUACACUGCAAAAUUACUGCAGUACAAAAAACGGUGUUAUUUUGGACACAGUAUUUGCAGCAUACUGCAGUUAUACUGCACUCUGACUGCAAUCUUUUUUCGAAAGGGUAGCGUCUAACAAUUGGAUGUAAUUAUUUAAUGGGCAUCGCUCGGUGACGCAAACGAGUCGACGCAUUCCUUAUCAGAACCAGUGUUGCCAACUCUGUAAAGUCGCUAAAUGACGUCAUCACCUAAUUUACAUAAUUGGCCAUGUGCAUGUAAUUGUGAUGGACGCUGUAGGAGAAAGGAAUAACGUCGUGGGAGAGACAAAAAGUGAGUAAAAAACACCCUACAUUUACAUCCCGCCCUGAAUGUAAGCCAGGACGGGAUCAGCCAGCGGCGGCUUCCCGCAUGCGCGAUUCAUUUGCAGUCUGGACGCGGAGGGGUGAACAUCUCCUGCUCUGACUGCAGCUGGGAGGGACUGCUCCGCGAGGACUGGGCUGCCUGUGAGUGCUUUGGGACGGGGGUAACAAAGCACCCGCUGCUCGUUGAGAAGAGUAAGAACGAUACGUGCUUUCAUGUCUGUCUCCAAUAACACCAGAGAAAGUCGCUAGAUUUGUCGCUAGUCGCUUUUUUGUAAAUGUGUCGCUAGAGGGGUCUGAAAACUCACUAAAUAUAGCGACAAAGUCGCUAAGUUGCCAACACUGAUCAGAACCAGCCACUGACCAUGGAGAUACUCUCCGACGAGGGAAAAGCGUAGCAAAUAUUUUGCAAAAUGGCAAAAUGUUCUACAGCUAGAACUCUGGUCUAGGAAAUGGGCUAUAGCUAGGUAUCCAAAAUGUGAAAUAUAGAAAUCAACAGACACCUCUAGCUAAGUAUUGUCACAAGCUGUAGGAAUCCUUGUCUUCGUUUAGCCUAGAUUCUCUGGAUAGCCUAGUACUCGUCAUUUUGUUGCUAUUUUGUCAACAUGUUUACAUGCUCAUCUCCUUUUAGUGUUGACUUGAGUGAUUGGGAUGAAGGACCACAAAGCAGCUUCUCUACAGGAUGCAGCAUACCACGAACAAAAGGCUCUGUUUUCGCCAUCAUCAGACUUUGGGGCGGUAUCAAACGGAUUCACUCACAGUCCCGAGUCACCGGGAGAACAAUGCUCACCACUUAAAGAGUCACAGCAAUCACACAUGUUGAGGUAUUUUGAUUAUAUAUCGAAUGUGCACAUUCAUUACUACCUGUAUGUCUGUUUAUCCAGAUGUUUAUUGUACCGGUAAAUAAAGUACUGAGAAAUGUAAUUUUGCCGAUGUUUUCUCUGAUUGGUCUAUCCAAGCCUCCUGAUAUGAUUUGUAAUGGUCAGUCUUUUUUCUGGCUAAAUCUUUUAAGUCAGAAGCUUGCUAUUUUGGCAAGGGUAGUUACAAUUUGGCCAUCUAAUCAAGGGUGAGUAACUGAAAAAGACGAAGAUCAUUUUUUGCACUAAGAUCAUCAAGUGUAGGAUGGUGUAUUAACACUUUUUCUUAUGGUGGUGAGAAAGACAAGUAAUGAUGUUUAUUGAAAGCAUCUGCUACCAGAAAAACAUUUCCAGGCAUUGUUCAGCUGUUAUCCAGUUUCAUUGAUCUAAGAAUAAAGUUUCUGUUUGCAACACUAGUGAGAAACUUUAGUGUGUGACUCGGAAUAACUUAAUUGAACAGAGAUCAAUUUGUUGUUCAAACAUCUUUUAAUGGAAUUGACAGAAUAUUAAUUUAUUUGAAUCGACUUAAAGUUUUUUGUUUGUUUUUGUAGUAUUAAAACUGAAGAGGAUGAAGCACCGCCACUGCUAAUCGCCUUACCUUCAGAACAACAGUGUAGCCCGUCAGAACCAUUGGCAGAAGAACAUUAUGCCCUCACUGAAGGCACCCUCAAAGAAAAGGUCUCUCUCACCACAAAGUCUCUCUGCCAUUCAAGUCUUGGAGCACUGAGAAGGAUCAUGAUGAAGGCUCUGCCCCUUUGAAUUUUUCUCCAGACCGGUGUCCGGGAGUACAACUAAAUGCUUCUGCAACGUACUCACCGCUGGACAUAUUCAAACUAUUUUUCUGCAAAGCCACCGUCACAACCCUUUGCGACAAUACAAAUAAACAAGCCGCUUUGAACAGAGGGAAAAAGGGGAAAAAAUCGGAAUGAUCCUCUUUAUAGCGCAGAUGAAGCUGGCAAAUAUCACAGAUUAAUGGAGAAAAAAUAACACAUUCUCUGUGGCGUUUCCAGCUACUGUGAUGUCCAGGGAUUGAUACAGAGUCCUAUCAUGGAACAUUCACACGAGUGAUCCUGAUGAGGACGCUGUCAAUGACCAUAGAAAGGGCACACCUGAAUAUGACGGGCUAUUCCGACUCAAACCGUUACUGAAUGACAUCCGUCAUGCCUGCCUGUCCUAUUACCACCCACAGAAAAACUUGUCCGUACACAAACGGAGUGUGGCAUCAAAAUGUAUGGUAUCAAAUCUAAGGGCGCAUGAACAUUUUAAGGAAAAGCUCACUAAGGUGGGCUUCAAGCUUUUUGUGUUGACUGACUCCAGCAAUGGCUAUACAGUUGACUAUAUAGUAUACACAGGCAAGACCACGUUCCCAUCUGGCUGUGGAAUGUCUUACGAUGCAGUGAUGUCACUCAUAAAGCCCUCCUUCCUCGGAUCAGGGUACCAUCUGUACCUGGACAACUUUUUCUCCAGUCCAAAACUAUUCAAAUACCUAUUAUCCCUGAGGACUGGAGCCUGUGGCAGCAUGCGGGACUGCCGCAGAGGUUACCCGUGAUCAGAACAAAAUGCACUGACCAAGAAAUCCCCAAGAGGGUCAUUCAGAUGGAUAAGGGAGGGCUCCCUACUCUUUGUGAAGUGGAAGGACCCAUGGGAGGUGUCUGUUGUUUCCACCAUUCAUGAGGUGCAGGGCGGGGAAGAGGCAAACAGGAGAGUGAAAAACAAGGUUGGCAGCUGGACCACUGAGUCCAUUCCAGUCCCAACGCCGAUUGUAGAAUACAAUAAACACAUUGGAGGCAUUGACUUAUCUGAGGAACUGAUUUCGUGCUACUCAGCCAACCGCAAGACAUUCAAGUGGUACCGCAGUUUGUUCUUCCUCUUUGUGGACAUAGCGACUACGAACAGCUUCCUGAUUCACAAGGAUUUGUGCAAAGGGAACAAAGUUCAGCCCGUGCCUCACAAAGAUUUCAUGGAAAAUCUCACAGCACAGCUUUGUGAGGUUCCCCUUGAGAUUCCCACCAGGAGGGGGAAAACUGGACACAUGCCCAUCCGUAUCAAGGUGACUGACAACAUAAGCAGAAUGGCCACAUUUGGACGCAGGCACUGUGAAAACUGCAAGAAGACGAGGGGUUACCUGCAAACUCCCUGGAUAUGUAAUGAGUACCAGGUACCACUCUGUCUCAUCCCUGACAGAAAUUGCUUCCACGAUUGGCACAAUUCAGAUGAAAACUCCUCUACAGACUCUGAUGCAGACGGAGUGGGUGCGCUCGUUUUGUCUCGAAGCUGACGAUGAAGCUAGCUCAAAACAAAGUGACUUAUGUUUAGCAUGUGAAGAAAUGAGUUUGAAUGCUGCGUGAAGAAAGUGUUUGUUCUUGAUAAAAUAAAAUAAACACAGGCUAGAUUGUCACUUCAUAUGCCUUCUCAAGGAAAACUAGCUUGAACAAACAGAUGACAGGGCUGAAAAACCUCUGCUAUCACACCUUGACUGAGAAUGUUGUAGAACAGUAAUCUUGUACCAGUAAUGUUGUCCCUAAUGUUGGGUGGCUAUGAAAAUGGAGGGCACAAGCUUUGUGCUUUUAGUGCAAUGUGUGUGGUCUUCCUUAAAAGCUAAACCAGUUGUAUGCCUUGGAUUGAAUUUAGGUGGGGGUGGGGGAGCUUUGUAAAGUACAUGUCUUUUGCUUGUCAAUAAAAUGAAUUGCCAGAUGCCAGUCUACCCACAUUACUUUUUCUGUGUGUGUGUCCCCCUACCACAACCUGGUGCCAUUAUAACCAGUGGUGGAAAAAGUACCCAAUUGUCAUACUUGAGUAAAAGUAAAGAUACCUUUAAUAGAAAAUAACUCACUUUUACUUGAAGUCACCCAGUAAAAUACUACUUGAGUAUUUGGUUUUAAAUAUACUUAAGUAUCAAAAGUAAAUGUUAUUGCUAAAAUAUACUUAAGUAUCAAAAGUAAAAGUAUAAAUUAUUUCACAUUCCUUAUAUUAAGCAAACCAAAUGGCACGAUUUUCUUGUUUUUUAUUUAUUUACGGAUAGCCAGGAGCACACUCCAACACUCAGACAUAAUUUACAAACAAAGCAUUUGUGUUUAGUGAGUCUGCCAGGUCAGAGACAGUAGGGAUGACCAGGGAUGUUCUCUUGAUAAGUGCGUGAAUUAGUGUCCUGCAAUGCAUUCGAAAUGUAACGAGUACUUUUGGGUGUCAGGGAAAAUGUAAAAAGUACAUUAUUUUCUUUAGAAAUGUAGUGGAGUAAAAGUUGUCAAAAAUAUAAAUAGUAAAGUACAAAUACCCCAAAAAACUACUUAAGUAGUACUUUAAAGUAUUUUUACUUAAGUACUUUACACCACUGAUUAUAAACUAAUACUAGUGUGACAUCUUGGCCUCCUGUAGCUCAGUUGGUAGAGCAUGGCGCUUGCAAAACCUUUGCUCACAGUACUGCGAGAUUGCGCGCGUACUACACCUAUGUCUAAUAACCAAAACAUAAGGAGAAAAUACUCUGCAGCGUCGUGGUGUUGUAGGCCAAAAUAAUUCACUUGCUUAGUGAUGCUUGCUCAUAUAUCCAUAUUCUAAUACCCCUUUACUCAAUGGACCUUGAUACAAGCGCCAGCGGCUCAUAUGCAUCGACAAAUUACCCAGAUAAAUUACCCGGAUGGCUAAUACCAGUAGGGGCUGGAUCCUUUUGAAGACGUAAGAACUAAGCUGUUUUCAUUUGACUGCAGUGUGGUGCUCUUGCAAAGAUGGGCUAGACAAUUUAGCAAUAAUUCUCCCAAAUGGGCUAUUCAAAAUUCAGUUAUCACAUUUCUUUAGCCAAUUCUACACCGGUCCCAAAUAUUUUCUCUAAGGGGCCACGUGUGAAAAAUGUAGCUAGCACCAAAGAUGGUGGGUGGUAUAUACAGACUAAAGGUUCUCUCUUUGCUAGGACCGGCUGCACAAAAAUGUAAAUGAAUGCUAGAAAACUUAACACUGUCACUACAACCAAACAUGAUGUUGGAACAAUUUUCCAACCACUAAAUGUCUUCAAAAUGUCCUACAACUCUACACAUUUUGCCAUGUCUUAUGUGUGUUCAUGUGAUACGUGUCUCAAACGUUACAACAAAAUGUAUGUGCUAAAAAAAAACUAGCUAAAAACUGACAUGGUUUAGUUCAGGGAUGGGCAAAAAAAACGGAACUCAUGGGGGGCAGCAGUGGCUAGUGGGUCUGUGUACCCACAUCCAUCAAUCCCCCCACCUUGCCAGCAAAACAUUUUAGCGUCCCCCCUUGUGGCAGGGAAGAGAGAAUUUCUUUAGUUUUAAAGUUCAAUUCCUGCAAUUUUGCCAUGGGGCAUAGAGAAAAUUCCGAACCUCUCUAACCCAUCUACUUCAACAGACAAAACAAGCCCGUCAAAACAGCAGUGGAAAACUGAGAAAGACCCUGAUGAGGCUCCUGCCCGUUUGAAACGUCAGCCAGCCAAGCAGCCAGGAGUACAACUAGAAGACCCCUCAUCCGAAAGCACUCCUCCGGACUUAUUCAAACAGUUUUUCAGCAAAGCCACUGUCAAAACCCUCUGUCACAAUACAAACAAACAAGCUGCUAUUAACAUUUAAAAAAUAAAAUAAUAUGAAUGGCAGGAUGUUACCAUUGUUGAGUUUUACAAAUGUAUUGGCCUGGUUCUCUUCAUAGGUCAGCUGAAGCUGAGAAAGAUAGUGGAUUACUGGAAAGAUUUGAACCUCUUCUCAGUGCUGUUUCCAACUACGUUUAUGUCCAGGGAUAGAUAG